ACCACACGUGCUUUGUAAUGGCCACCAAUAAUAAUCCAGAGACAAGAGAAGAUGAACACGUUCACAAGGUCUAUUCCUCCAUAGCAACGCAUUUCAGUGACACAAGAUACAACCCCUGGCCUAGAGUGGCAGAAUUCCUCUCUUCAUUACCUCCAGGCAGCCUUGUGGCUGAUGUAGGUUGUGGUAAUGGCAAGUACUUAGGCAUUAACAAGGAUGUCUGUGUGUUAGGCAGUGACAUGUGUCCGGAACUUGUUGCUAUUGCAAGAGGGCGGGGUCACGAAGCUCUUGUUUGCGACUGCCUUGAGUUACCAUAUUGUUCAUGUACAUUUGAUGCUGCUAUAAGCAUCGCUGUCAUUCAUCAUCUGUCGACAGAGGAGAGGAGAAAGAAGGCACUUGGGGAGAUGGCUAGGCUCUUACGACCUGGUGGCACUCCUACUUCAUCUUGUUUUGAAGUUUAA